AUGGCAUCGAGCGACGAGGAGAAUGGUGAUGAUGACCGUGACUUUGACGACGGCAGCAACACCGCUCAGAAAGACCUGCAGGGCCUGAUGGUGGCAGCAGGAACGACGGUGCGUUGCAACUGGCUGGAGCCGUCGAAGAAGAGCCAGAGCGAGCCCAUGGAAUCGGCUGCCAAGAAGGCCAAAGUCGAUGCGGCGGAGAGAGAGGCGGCCUUCGCGCAGCUUCUUGCUGCCGCAAAAACCUGUGAGCGUUUUCAAGUCAAAGGCCCCGCAUGGGUCCGGAGCGCAAGCAGAUAUCCGGAAGUGCCGGAGCGCCAUGCUGCGAUCCUACGGGCAGUAUCAGAGUCUCUGAUGAAUCGAUUGGUGGUGCUGCGUGUUGACAACUUCCCUGGCUCCGGAGAUCCUGUGUUUGGCACCAAGCACGAGCUUCGAAGGAGCUUCCGGGCCCCUGAUUUCUUUGGGAAGCUCACAUCAGGCUUCAAGGGCACCUCUGGUUCUGGCUCUCCCUGCCUCAAGAAGCUGACGCUGCAAGGCGGCUUCCACUCAGCUUCAUCACUUUGCAACUUUUUGCAGGUGGUCAAGCCGCAGCUCGAAUCCUUCCGCUGCCGGGGGUGCCUCUUUCAUGGCCGGAACUUCGAGAUGCUGGUCAAGGCCUUAAGCGCAAGCCGGAGUAGUCUCCUAGAGUUUGAGACAGAUGCAGCCAUCGGCGGCGAGGAUCCAAUCGGACUCUUGGCUGACUCUUUCCCAAACCUCAGGAUUCUUCGCGUCAAGUACAUGUUUGGAAAGGCGGACCAGCUUCAAGCCCUCAGCCGCCUCACGCAACUUCGCAGGAAGCAGUGUGUUCUGCCGAAGGACGACUUCCGACUCUCCGGGCGCCCGGCCGUGGACGCCGAGAGAGGCAUCGUCUACUGGUGUAUCAGUUCCGAGCACCACGACGACGACUACAGAGGAGAGGGCCUGUGGUGGGACGAGCUUGGGAACACGAUGGAGUGCAUGGAGCAGUGGGCCGUCGGAAAGGGCGUAACCAAGGAGAAGUGCCUAGACUUCAUGAAAGACUGUGGCAUCGAGCUGGACGACCGCCUAAACGACGAGGAGUGCGGCAUGCUGGAAGAGGGGAUGAACAGUGAGGUCGACUCGGAGGCUGACCAGGACACAAUCGCCGUGCAGCUAGAAGUGGACGAUUCGGAAAUGGGCUCCACCGGCCAUCUGGCGAUCAAGGCACGUACGAUGGAUGGUCGCGAGUUCGCACAAGUGACUCUGGAUGCCAACAAGACUCUCGUGCGCACACUUGUCGAUGAGUUGGCCUCAAAGUAUCCCUGCUCGCCCCUCGCUAUGCGACUGGUGCUGCCAAGUGGCACUUGCAUCGAUGCUCUCGAAACAGCAAGUAAGUCUUUAGCCGCGGCGUUGGUAUGA